UCAUUUCAUAUCUCAAAAUUUUCUAGUACAAACCCUUUUACUUAAAAUUUUAAGAAAAAUGCAGGAGAUUGUCUCAAUUUACAUUGGUAAAGCCGGUAUACUUUUAGGUGAGGCGGUAUGGGAGUUGUAUUGCAUGGAACAUGGCAUUCUUAUUAACGGAAAUAUGCCAUCAUAUGAAUCUGAAACUGAUUUCAAGUUCACGAAUUUUUUUCAACAAGUACGUCCAGCAAAAUUUGUGCCCCGUGCUCUCUUCUUCGAUCUAGAACCAACAUACACAAAUAAGCUUCGUAAUGGAAAACACAGAUUUUUAUUCAACUCUGAACAAUUCCUAACAGGAGACGAUGAUGCAGCUAAUAAUUUUAUAACCGAUAGGUAUAACAGCGGCUCAGAAAUCAUAGAUUCAAUGAUUGAAACUGUUAGAAAUUUUACUAACAAUUGUGAGAAUGUUGAAGGGUUUAUAAUUUACCAUUCGGCUGGUGGUGGUACAGGUUAUUGUCUAACCGCAUUGUUAAUGGAACGUCUACGUAAUGAUUAUCCGAAAAAAAUGUUUACCGAAUUUUCCAUUUAUCCAACACCUAUUAUAUCGCCUAUCACGACAGAACCCUUCAAUGCGGUAUUAAGCACAUUAACUAGCUCUGAAUAUUCCGAUUGCUGUUUCAUUGUGGAUAACGAGGCUAUGUAUCAAAUGUGUUGUAGUAAUUUAUUGAUGAAGAAUCCCAAUUACACAAACUUGAAUCGUUUGAUAGCACAAACAGUCUCUUCAGCAACUAUAAGUUUACGCCUGGAAAGCGCACUAAAUAGUAAUUUAAAAGAAUUGCAAAAGAAUUUAGUGCCACUGCCACGUUUGAACUUUCCAUAUGCUACUUACGCACCUGUAGUGCCUGGCGAUAAGAUUUAUGACAUUACAGUGGAACAACUAACGAAGUCGUGCUUUAGCAAAGAAAAUCAAAUGGUUAAGUGUAAUCCAGAGUAUGGUAAAUAUCUUGGCUGUUGCUUGCAGUUUCGUGGAAAUGUCGAACCGACUGAGAUUAAUUUAGCUAUUAAAGCUAUGCGAGAAGAAAAUUCUUUUGAACUUGUGGAUUGGUGUCCGUCGGCUUUCAAAGUUGGUGUUAACUUACGAAAGCCAAGUUUUUUGCCUAAUUCAGAUUUGGCAGAACUGGAGCGUACAGCUUGUGUUCUGUCCAAUAAUACUAAUAUUGGGGAUUAUCUUACUCGUCUGAAUCAAAAAUACAAUAUAUUGGAAUCAAAGAAUGAUUUCGUGUGUUGGUUCAAAAUGCAGAACAUAGAGUUUGCAGAAUACAAGGAGGCUUAUGAUUUUUUAAAUCAACUAAUCAGUGAUUACGAAGAAGUGGACUUGGAUAUAUAUCAAGUGGAUUAGAAUUAUGAUGUAUAAGUUCUUCAGAAAUAGUUGAAUAUUUGUAUUAGUUAUAUUUAAAACUAUUGUGAAGCAUCAUGCAAGGAAGAACAAAUCAAAUAAUAAAUUUUAGUUAUGAAAUUA